AUGGUGAAGCAUGCGAGGCACGCACCAUACGGUCUCUUGACUCCGAUUGAGGCCGCAGACAAGCCUUUCGGCGACUGGUCCAUCGACUUUGUGACCGGAUUACCAGAUUCUCAAGGGUUUAACGCAGUCAUGGUCUGCAUCGAUCGACUGACUCGAGUUGCACAUUUCAUUCCGACGACAAAGUCUGUCACGGCGGAGGAAUCGGCUCAGUUGUUCCUGGAAAAUGUCGUGAAGCUGCACGGCGUUCCGGUUCGUGUCUUGUCUGAUCACGGACCUCAGUUCAUUGCAAAGUUCUGGAAGAAGCUAUGGAAGGCGAUGGACAUCGACCUCUCCUACUCUAGCGCGUAUCAUCCACAAGGAAACGGUCUUGUGGAACGGGUGAAUCAAGCGCUGGAGUCAUACCUGCGAGCGUACGUCAGUGAAGCCGAGGACUGGGCAAGACUCCUUUGGUUGUGCGAGUUCACGUACAACAACACGGUGCACGCGGCGAUCCAGUGCAGUCCGUUCAUGGCCAUGUACGGGUUUCAGCCGGAAAUGGAUGAGAUUAACUUCAAGUCGCCGAAGGCACCUCAAACGGCAGCUGAUCGCGUGGAGGAACUCAAGGCACUGCGUUUCUCGUUGAGAGCGAAUAUUCACCGAGCAAACAUGUCCGCAGCCAAGUUCUAUGAUCGACACCACAAGGCAGCACCUCCGAUCACGGUGGGCAGCCUAGUCACAGUUCUGCGUCGCAGUCAGACGGCCGAACAACCGUAUGCCAAGUUGGCGUACGUACGCGAUGGUCCCUUCAAGGUCGUGAAGCAGAUCAAUGAGCGUGCCUUUGAGCUGGAUCUAGGUGAAGCAUCCAGCAAGUCCCGCACCUUCCAUGUAUCUGUCUUGGAAUUGUUUGUCGCUGAUGACGUUGAAGGUCGGAUUCGGCGAGUCCUGCCUCCUGUCAAGGACUGGGACGGCACAGUUCGACAUCGAGUCGAGGCGGUGAUUGAUUCGACUCGUCACAGCGAGAUUAUGUACUAUCGCAUCCGAAGGGUGGGCACCACUGCUCGUGAAGACACCUGGGAGCCGGCCAAAGACGUCCGAAUCCUGUUCAACCCACGGCUAGUCGCACGCCCGCUGCUCCAGCUGGCCAAGCUCCACCUCAAGCUAGUGCGUCACCCGUUGCUACGCGCUCAGUGGCAACCCCAUCCGCAGUUGCUGCACGUUCCGUAG